CAUCUCAUCUCUGCAUCUUUGUAUUUGCACAACAAAACAAACACACAAAAACAAGAAAACGAAAACGUAAUUCUUAUGGAGACCGACCCGAGUCCUAUGGAGAUUGACACUGUUAUGAACAACAAUUUGGAAUUCGGGAUGCGCAUGGCUAGGCAUAUUAUUCUCAAAGAAAUUACUAAUGGCUGCAAAAAUAACAUAGUUGUGUCUCCGUUAUCACUGCAUGCUAUGUUGAAUUUGGUUGCUUCCGGUACCAAGGGACGAACUCUAGAGCAGCUUCUGAGCUUUCUUGAGUCUGAUAGCAUUGAGCAACUCAAUGCUCAAUCUUCUCAGAUUAUGGAACUUACGACGACUAGUCAAGAGUCUCUUGAAUCUGAAAAUGUAGAACUCUCUUCGACCAGCAGCAAUCAAGGACCGAUCAUUUCUUUCGUUGGUGGAAUUUGGGUUUAUCAUGAAUUAAGUAUUAAGCCGUCUUUCAAACAGUUAGCUGAAGAUGUUUAUAAGGCCAAAGCCGAAUCGGUUGACUUUGUAAACCAGGCUGAGAAAGUGAGAGAAGAAGUGAAUGAAUGGGCAAGCAAAGCAACUAAAGGGCUGAUUAAAGAUCUUCUUCCCCAUGGAUUUUUUAGAUCAGAUACAAUACUUGCACUUGCAAAUGCUCUCUACUUCAAAGGAACUUGGCUUCAUGAAUUUGAUACCUCAAGAACUCGAAAUGAAGAUUUUCAUCUCCUCGACGGAAAAACCGUUAAAGCUCCCUUCAUGAUGAGCUAUUCUAGUACACCACAAUUUUAUGGAUCAUUUGAUGGUUUCAAGCUUCUCAAGCUGCCAUAUAAAACGGGCCGUAAAGACGACAACAUCAAGCAAUACUCGAUGUUCAUCUUUCUUCCUGAUAAGGAAGACGGGCUAAAAGAUUUGAUUCACAAGUUCAAUUCUGAUUCAAGUUUCUUACACAAGAACUGGGAUCUUUGGCAAGUAGAACUUUCUAAGAUGUGGAUUCCAAAGUUUAAAUUCUCAUAUAAAUUAAAUGCUUUACCAAUUAUGAAAGAGUUGGGAUUGAAGCUGCUGUUUGAGAGGCAUUUAGAGGUGUCGGAGAUAGUCGAUUACGACGAUGUUGUUGUGACGCAGGCGAUUCACAAGGCUUUUAUUGAUGUAAACGAAGAAGGAACAUCGGCUGCUGCUGUAACUCUCGUGUCUGGUGUUUUUGGAUUUUCUGGACCAAAACUCCCUCCGCCGCCAAGUUUUGUUGCAGACCAUCCUUUCAUGUUCAUGAUUAAAGAAGAGACAUCUGGGAUUGUUCUUUUUGCUGGAGCUGUUCUUAAUCCUCUUUAGGAAUGUCUAGUGAUCUCUUGUUUUAUCAAGAAAUUCUUAGGUAGACUCACUCAACGCGUCAUUUGUGACUGAGCCAAUUAUUUUAAAACAUAUCAUUAAAAUGAUGACAUUAAUGUAAUUUCGUUUGUGGAUUCUUUUACGCAUUUAAUGGUGUGGUUCAAUUGAAAAAGAAAAAGAAAUGUUGAAAACA